AUGGUUUACACAAUCGUUGUUCAUAUGCGCGCAAAGGCCGACGCAGAGAGUAUCUCCAAGCUCCACGCCAAACUCCUCGAAGCCUCGGCCGUAUACUCGCAGGACAAGGAAACCAUUUCCUGGUUCGUUAUGCAAUCCGUGCACGAUCCUCAAGAUUUCACCAUUGUGGAACGAUACGAGAAGGAAUCUUCGCAGAAGUACCAUCUUAACAACCCAUACUGGAAGACAUUUGAUCCUUAUGUUAUUCCUCUUUUAGAGAAGGAUAUGGAUCUGAGGCGAUUUGAGGAACUUGAGCCUAGUUCUUAA